GCGGGCGCAGCUGCCGCCGGCCGAGCACGGAAAGCGCCUGGGGCUCCGUCGCCGCUCGUCGUCCGCCUGGCGCAAGUCCGCGGGCGGCGGGAGGAUGCUGGAGGGCGGCUGCACGCCGGUGAAGGAGGGCGUGCUGGAGAAGCGCAGCGACGGCUUGCUGCAGCUGUGGAAGAAGAAGCGCUGCAUCCUCACCCCGGAAGGGCUGCUGCUCAUCCCGCCCAAGCAGCCCCCGCAGGAGCCGGCGGCGGCGGCCGCUCCCCCCGGCGCCGAGGCGGCCAAGAUCAAGGAGCUGCCCUUCUCCACCAUGAAGACGGUGGACUGCGUGGAGCGCAAGGGCAAGUACGUCUACUUCACGGUGGUGAUGGCCGAGGGCAAGGAGAUCGACUUUCGGUGCCCGCAGGAGCAGGGCUGGAACGCCGAGAUCACGCUGCAGCUGGUGCAGUACAAGAACCGGCAGGCCAUCCUGGCCGUCAAGUCCACCCGCCAGAAGCAGCAGCACCUGGUCCAGCAGCACGGGCCCCGCCUCCGCAGCGCCUCCAACUCCGCCUAGCCGGCCGCCCCAGGUUGAAUUCAAAAGGCAUCUGCAAACAAGGUGGAUCCUUGAUCAAUUGAUCACAAAGUUGACAGAUGAAAAUAGCACAGCGACAUGGGAAAGCAUCAAUUCAACUGCCGGAAUCUUCCCAUUUUGGGUACAGUUCAUCUCUGCUCUGGGAAAGCAUUUCAACUCCCUUAGGUUAUUAUGACUACUCGUGAGGAUUAUUUGACCUGCUGGGCCCCAAAGGACGUACAUUGUACUGUCAUUUUAACUCUAACGUAUUUUGGGUUUUUUAUGUUUAUUUAUUAGGGUUUUUUUAAAGUUUGCAAAAUAUUUCUGAAUGUAAACCAUCGAGAAAUGUAUCAGAUGCAGGGUACACUUGUAUUGGCUGUAUAUAUUGCUACCCUUGGAGGCUAGAGGAAAUUGAAGAGAGAAGAUGCAGGUGAAAUGAAGAAAUUUACUGAAAUGUGAACUUUCCAGCUCAUUUUUCAUAUAUAUGACGUCAGUUUUAGUUUCCACAACUGAAAGACUCAUGAAAUCAACGUAUGAAGUAUAUCCCACUGCGUUAAAAGUCUUUAUCACAAUCAUAAUGCAGAAGAACAGCCACUUUUCCAAGGAAAACAGUAACUUGGAACUUGAUCUCUAUGUUAUUUUUAUUUUUAUUACAUAUCCAUCUGAAGAGUAUUAUAUUUUGUAUUUAAUUGUAAAUACACUUGGGUAUGCCACUUUAUUCGGGUUUCUAUUUCAUGUGCGUGUUAAGGAAAUUCAACUCCAUUGGCUAUAAAGGAGGAUGGAUUUGAAUUAAAAAUACAUUUUUAAUAGUAUAACAAGUGGUGAGAACUGUUUGUCUGAAUUUGGGACCAUACUUCUAAAGUUUUUCAAAGGUUGCAAUCAUAAGAACACUUUCUUGGGAGUAUGCCCCAUUAAAUAAAUGGGGCUUCUUAGCAGACCUGCUUAGUUUUGUUCCCAAGUUACUGUACUUGAUUUGCUCAAUUGCUAUAAACCUCUAAUAUUCCACACUCAGUUUUUCCCAUUGGAUAAACAUCUGGCAGUGCCAUCCUAAGCAAAGUUGCAUCAUUUUAAGUCUACUGAAGAAAAAAAAUCUGGAAAUGAUUGUUUAAAAACACAAAACGUAAUGAAACCUAUAAGGACAUAGAACAUUUCAGCCGUGGAAAAAGAUGUAUGUUGGUUGGCUUAGUAAGGUUAGCUCCUCUUCAUAUUUAUGUCAGUAGUGUUUACAGUGUAAUCCUAUGCAAAGUUACUGCAGUCUAAGCUAUUUAAAAUAAGUGAGUUUAGACUGGAGUAACUCUGCAUAGGAUUGCACUGUUUAAGUCUUAAUAUUGUACAAGUAGGGCAUCUAAUAGCUUCCUUAAAAAGUCAAGUCGUUCAUUCAGAUACAAGAUUUCCAGUAUGUUUUAACUGAAUAAGAGAAAACAUAGAUUGGUACACUUGCAAUGAUAGUCCAGCUGUUUUCUUUUGAAGGAUACCAUGUGAUUUUCCUUUUCUUCUUCCAUGUCUUAUUCUGCAAAAGCAAACUUAUUUUGCCCCCAUUAACCUCAGAUUAGUGACAAUCCUGGUGUACCUUGAAAUAUUAAGCAUUUGAAUGCAGUCCUCUGAGUCCUAAUCCUUGCUAGUUAUGAAUGACUCUUUUUUAAAAUUUUAGCUGUAGCUCUCAGUGAUUGCAAGUAUAGACUGGUUGAAGGAUGUGAGUGUUCCUAGCUUCCUUAUGUGGUAUUAUCCAAAAUGUAAUGAAAUUUUUGCAUAAUCACCCAAGACACCAGUGAAGUUGGAAACAGGUUUUAUAUUAUAAUUUUUACUCUCCUUGGUUUCUCUGCUCAAAUACAUUAGAGCUUCCACUUCUGCACUGAAAUUUAAUGUUUCAGAAGUAGGUUUGGGAGCAAAAUAUUCAAAUCUUAGUGAGUUUCUUGGUGCCAAUGCAUACUGUUACAAUGAAAUACUAUUGGGGGAGGGGGAAGUACUCUCCAGUCAUAGCAAUGGCUGCCUUUAUUUUUCGGAGAAUUUUUCAUGCCAGCUCAAAUCUUCUUGUAAAUUCAAAGCAUGUUAUCUCCUGAAGAGCAAGCCAUGUACUAUGUAUAACUGGUUACAGGGAACACCUAUAGGAAAAGAUCAAACCCUGUGCAGGCAAGCACCCCAGAACAAGAUGUAGGAAAGCUAUAAGAGGGAAUCAGGCUUUCGCUGUGACCUCUGGGUCACUAUUCGUUGUCUUCAGCUGAGUGGUUAUCUAAAGGACAAACUUUACUAUCAUCUAGAAUGAUUUUUGUUUUGGUCCUUAAAUAUUUUUCCUGUUUGAAUAGCCUGUAGCUAUUUUUCUUCACAUAGUUCUCAUUGGGCUUUGCUUUAUUUUACCUAUAAAAUCAAUUCCCAGUGGAGUAACUGAGGACACUGCUGAAUCUUUGAUGUUAAAUAAAGUUUCUUGUAGUACAUUUUGGAUAAUAAAAGAGAGAUUUGAACGGAUGUAGAAACAGAUUUAGCUUCCAACCCUCAGUCACUAGGAACCUAGGUGAUUUACUUCCCAGUAAAUAUGUCUAGGAUUACACUAUAAAUCUCAGUUGAGGUUCAUAAGCAAUUUAACCUCAGUAAGGGAAUACGGACAUAAGAUAUGUAGGGCUGAGAGAGGUGUUUUGGAAAUCAAGUAACAAUUACAGCUGUCUUGGAAAAAUUUCUGGUCAUUUGUGCCUAUUAGGAAAAUACUCAAUUAUACAAAGUAUAGUUGACAGAGAGGUUUGCAGAUUGCAUUUUCUGUCACCAUGAAAGAUUGGAGCCAUCAUGUACACAAACCUACUCAUAAGGAAAGGCCAAAAUUCAUCAAAGAAUGAUGACUUUUAAUAACUAUUGGAGGGAUUGUUCAAUCACAUUUUUAAAGUUUACUUAUUCUUUGUGGUAUUCACCAUCAUGAAAAAUGGUGCAUAAAUGAAGCAGAAUGUAAUGGCUGUUUACCAACGGGCUGCCAAGUGAUUUGCCUGCGAAAAAUCAGCUUUAUACUGGCACUAGAAAUGGGUAUUGGUGAAAAAUAUAACUUGUACAAUAAGGAUUAUUCAGUGAAAAAAAAUAAGCCCAGGAGCGCAUGUAAGAAGAUGCCUUUAGUAUUCAAAAGGGGGGUGGGAAUCUACCCAAUGAUUUCUCUGUUACAUUAUAGAAGAAGUUCCUCUUCUGUAGUUUAUGGUAUGCAAAUAAUGGCUUUUACAAAUUAACUGCAGUGUUGUACCAAAUGUUUUCUGGCAUAUCCUAUUGUGAGCUGAAAUGAGUGUUAUCAAACAAAUGUGUGUAAAUAUGAUUCAACUGAUUUCCGAGAGAUGUGAUUUAUUUUUCAAUAUGCAUUCCAUUUCAAAUAAAGAAGUA